AGAACAGAGCUAAUCCAGUUUCUGGCUAAAUGACAGCAAAGGAAUCAGAGCUGGUGAACAAGAUGAGUCACAUCUGGAGGGAAGAAGAAAAAAGAAAAAGGUGGGAGAGGAGAAAAGUGGGAUUGUUGGUGAGGGUGAGUCUCAGUCCUCAGAGGUUUCACCAUUAGCACCAGGAAUGAGACUGACCAGCAUCACCAGCUUCUUUCUCUGAUGUCGCUGGAAGCAAACAUGAAAUAUGGCUCUCCUGAGAAAAAUUAACCGGAUCCUCCUGGUGCUGCUGGUGCUGAUGGCGUGUCUCUUCCUGCACAGCACACUGCUCAGACCUUCCACUCGGCACAAACACUCAGAUCACCAGAAGAGUCUCGGAGGCGCGGCACGAGUUCCCUCGGUGAGAGUGUCCGAUGCGGAUGAUGUCAUCCCCGUCAUCAUAUGUGCGUCGGAGGAGCGUUUGGGUGCAACCAUGGCAACCAUCAACAGCGUCCACAGCAACACAGAUGCCAGCGUGUUCUUCUAUAUCGUCACUCUGCGUGAUGCUGUGAAACUGACCAGACAGUACAUAGUGAAGACUAAACUGAAAGGCAUCAAAUAUAAGAUACUGGAGUUUAACCCCAUGGUCCUAAAAGGAAAGGUGAAGCCAGAUUCCUCUCGUCCCGAUCUGCUGCAUCCGCUCAACUUUGUGCGCUUUUACCUACCUCUGCUUGACAUCAACCACAAGAGGGUGAUAUACUUAGACGAUGAUGUCAUCGUGCAGGGCGACAUCAAGGAUCUGUUUAAUAUCAAGCUGGAGCCGGGUCACGCUGCCGCUUUCUCCACUGACUGCGACUUACCCUCCACGCACGAGAUGGUGCGCAGCAUCGGCAUGCAGACAACCUACAUGGGCUUCCUGGACUACAGGAAAGAGAAAGUUAAAGACCUGGGCAUCAACCCCGGAGACUGCUCCUUCAACCCGGGAGUGUUUGUGGCAGAUGUCAGAGAAUGGAAGAAACAGAAGAUCACCAAACAGCUGGAGAAAUGGAUGGAGGAGAAUUUCAGGCAGAACAUAUACAGCAGUGCCAUGGCCGGAGGCGUGGCGACUCCCCCCAUGCUAAUAGUGUUUCAUGACAAGUACACAACACUGGACCCACUGUGGCACGUCAGACACAUGGGCUGGAGUCCAGAUGCCCGCUAUUCAGAGAGCUUCCUGCAGGAGGCGCACCUGCUGCACUGGAACGGUCCGUUUAAACCGUGGAAUUAUCCCGCCGUUCACUUGGAUCUGUGGGAGAGGUGGUUCGUCCCAGACCCCUCCAGAAGGUUCUCCUUGGUACGACCUGAGAGUGACAGCUGAGGUUCUGUGGAACAUACCGCGUCUGAGCCGCAGGUUCAGGAUGUAUACUUGAACGAUGGCGGAAGGUGUGAUAAGAAAUGUACAGCGAAUGAAUGCAAAGCUGUGAAAUGUUCUUCAAUAUGAAACGUCGGUCGAACAUUGUAUGAGAAACAGCGUUGGCAGAGUGGGUGCUCGAUGUAUGUAACCUACGUACGCUAAAUACACGAAAUGUGACUAAUCUGUCGUCUAAUGCAAGUGACAGAUACCUGUACAAAAUAUUAGAAUAUCUCUAAGAAUGUGUUCAUAAACUCAUAACAGUGACAAGAUUUUGUUGAGCUAACUAUGCUAAUUAACCUGAAAUACAUUUUCAGAACUCACACAGUCACAGUCUCAUUUUUUACUGGUACUUUCAUGCUUCAAAUAUGGCAUUGACCUUGAAUAGUUAAGGUUAG